CCCCCCCCCAACCCGCCUAGGUAUGUACUGUACAAUCUGAAGUUUAAAAUACCUCGAAGAAGGUUUUAAUCAAAUCAUAAAUCAUGUCAAGUCGCAACAGGGUUGCCGAGGUAAAACCUAACCCAGGUCAACUAUGUCCACAAUGCCAAGAACUGAAUUUACUACCCGACAAGUUUCGGCCUGGUGCCGGUGACGAUACCAAGGGAAACUUGCCCGGAUUUUUAAAUGCGAAUUUCGAUGCAGUUGGAUUAGAAUCUCGCCAUCUUGGAUAUCUUGAAAUUUAUCGACGUCGUGAUUCUUGUUGCUUUUGCUGGCUUAUUUUCGAAGCUACCCAUUCAAAAGAUAGUGCUCAAAUUGGGUGUGAUGGUUUGGCUGGAAAUGGCGAACGGGUUGAUUGUAACCUUGAGUGGCGUCUCGAUGGACGAGAUCUAGAGACAGACGGUAGGUCGGCCGGUAACAGCAAGAGUCCCGGUCAUCCUUCAUCCCGCCGGAUCUUGAUAUCUAAUCCGCAACGCUUAUUCCCGGAUGCAUAUAUCAUGCCUCUAUCUUCAGAAACUAGUAUCCAACAGUUUUCAGCACGUCGAAUUCCUUUCUCUCGCGUCGACUUGGAUCUUAUUCGCUAUUGGAUGGAUACUUGUUCUAAGAAACAUGGCGAGUCUUGCCGAAUUCUCCCUAAGCAGGUCAAAGGCACCGAUAUCUCUGGGCUCCUUCGAUACAUUGAUCUGAAAGAGCAACGCCUAGUUCAUGCAUCAGAUCUGUUGACCAAAGACCAAAAUGCCAUUACUUACGCCACGUUGAGUUACGUAUGGGGAGCUCAGAAACCGCAGCUAACGCUAUCCAAGAGCAAUUUCGCCAAAUUUUGUAGUGGAGGGCUGGGCCCGGACAGAAAGGACAUGCCAGCCACUAUACGAGACGCAAUGAUAAUUGUCCAAGAAAUUGGCAUCCGUUACAUUUGGGUUGACGCACUGUGCAUUAUUCAGGAUUCCAUGGAAGACUGGGCUGCGAUAGCCCCGCUCAUGGAUGCGAUAUUCAGUAACGGCACGGUGAAUAUAUGUGCUGCUUCCGGGAAUACGAGCGCAAGUGGGAUCUCCGGAUCUCCCUUAACCUCGCGCUCUGCAUCACAGGCUAUCGCUGAUGUUUGUGGCAUGCAACUAGCGGUCGUGAAAUCGGUGGAAAGUAGGAUUAGAGACACUAUCUGGAAUAUUAGAGCCUGGACAUUCCAAGAAAGAAUACUUUCUCCGCGGUCUAUCAUCUUUGUUGACGAUCGCGUCUUUUUUCAAUGUUCUGGGGCUACGUGGUCCGAGGAUGUCUAUUCUGAUAUUACCGCGAGGACCUGGACUUUGGAGAUGGUAGAGUCGCCCAUGCAGAACUUUUCGAAUAACCCUGUCCGCCUUUUCGCCGACUUGGUAGAGUUAUAUACUCCUCGGAAACUGACGGUGAUUAGCGAUAAAUUGAUCGCGUUCGAGGGAAUUGCUUCUGUGUUAUCCUCUCCGCUUGCGGCAACGAUGGUUUACGGAUUACCCAAUUCGUAUUUCGAUUGGGCUCUACUGUGGGAGAAUAAAGAGGCCGGGAAGAGGGUGACAAACGUGCGCCCGGGCUACUUGUUCCCCAGUUGGUCAUGGUGUGGAUGGGAAGGUGGUGCAAUGUGGAGAUUAUCGACUGUUGCGAGUACGCUAAUCGAUCUUCAUGACUGGCUGUCUAAUCACUCAUGGAUCACUUGGUAUUAUGGUGACGAGGGACGUUUGAAGUUGGUAAGGGAAUCAUCUACACAGGACUUGCAAGCUCGAUCCAGAUGGUCUGGGUAUGACUUUAGUUCGGAGGACCCAUACGGACGAAAUCGACAAUUACUAGCAUCUGAAUUUGGGAUUGAUGCAUCAAAGCCCACACUCCCUACAACUGAGCCUGUCAAUGGCUGCCUUCAUUUUUGUUCAUAUACGGCCCACUUCCAACUUUCACGAAGAAGUAUGUCGACCCCAACAUUCGAAUCAAAGCUAGAGAAAGGGCUACGCAGAUUCGGAAUUGUAGACAGCCAAGGCGAUUGGUGCGGUACAAUCAUUCUCAAUGAGGAAUGGUCCAGUUCAGUAGGAGGAAUCUUCGAGUUUGUUGCCGUAUCAGAAGCCCGAGACUUCUCCAUGGAAGAACUUGAUACAUGGAACUAUUAUGUCGCAGAGGAACGGCAUAUUGCGGAAUGGUACAUCUACUAUGCGCUAUUGAUCACCCGCAACGAGAAUACUAUGGUAGCAGAACGUGUUGGGCUGGCCAAAAUCUACAAGAACGCAUUCCGUGAUGCUUCGUUUGACCCGGGGACGAAAUGGACGGAGAUAAUCCUUGGUUAGAGGACGGGCCGACGAGCAUAAUACUUGACUCAAAUUAGGUUGGUUGAAUUGUGUCACGAGCCACGGCGAUUCGCGUUGAAGUUAUUAUUAUUACUUUUCUCGUUAGCCGGUGGUAGAGACUCUCAAGGCCACCCAAACGCCAAAACACCGGGAAACCAACCGGCUGCCCAUCCAC